AUCCAGCAACCUCAUUUUAUAUUAAGUAACAAAAAAAGUCAAAACCAUGUCCGGUAACAAGGUCUCGAUUUUCCAAGGUCUUUUCUUGUUCUUCUAUCGGUUUUUUAUUCUCCGGCGUUGGUUUCAUCGUAACCCUAAACAAAAACACCAAAAAUGCCCUUCUCAUCACGGCCUACACCAAGCACACGACUUAUCACAUCACACUUUGAUAUUUAACGUUGAAGGAGCUCUACUCAAAUCAACCACCUUGUUCCCCUACUUCAUGCUUGUUGCUUUUGAAGCCGGAGGGGUAUUAAGGUCUUUUCUCCUCUUCUUUCUCUAUCCAUUUAUAUGUUUGAUGAGCUACGAAAUGGGAAUGAAGACCAUGGUGAUGGUGAGCUUCUUCGGGAUAAAAAAAGAAAAAUUUCUUGCCGGGAAAUCUGUUUUGCCUAAGUAUUUUCUAGAAGAUGUUGGGCUCGAGAUGUUCGAGGUUUUGAAGAGAGGAGGCAAGAGGGUUGGUGUGAGUGAUUUGCCACAAGUGAUGAUUGAUGGGUUCUUGGGAGAUUACUUGGGGAUUGAAGUUGUGGUUGGGAGAGAGAUGAAAAUGAUCGGUGGCUACUACUCAGGCAUCAUGGAGGAUAAGAAAGAACAUGAGGUUUCUUUUGGUAAAUUGGUUCAAGAAGAGAAACUAAGUAGUGGUCAUGUCAUUGGCAUCACGUCCUGUAAUUUGCCAAGUCGUCGAUCUUUAUUCUCUCAAUUUUGCCAGGAGAUCUACUUUGUCAGAAAUUCAGACAAGAAAAGUUGGCAAACCUUACCACGAGAUCAAUACCCUAAACCAUUGAUUUUCCACGAUGGUCGUUUAGCUAUUAAGCCAACACCUAUAAACACACUCGUACUAUUCAUGUGGGCCCCAUUUUCCGCCGUCUUAGCUGCAGCAAGACUCGUCGCCGGCUUAAACCUUCCAUACUCCUUAGCCAUUCCUUUCCUUGCCUUCUCUGGUCUCCGUCUUACACUCACCGUCAAUGAAGACCUAAUUUCUCCCGACCAAAAGAAAGGUUGUCUUUUCGUGUGCAACCAUAGAACGUUGCUAGACCCACUUUACAUUUCAUACGCUCUAAGAAAGACAAAUAUUAAAGCCGUCACCUAUAGCCUAAGCAGAUUAUCUGAGCUUUUAGCUCCCAUCACGACCGUUAGGUUGACUCGUGACCGUGUCCAAGAUGGUCAAGCCAUGGAGAGAUUGUUGAGCCAGGGAGAUCUAGUGGUUUGUCCCGAAGGGACUACGUGUAGAGAGCCUUAUUUGCUUCGGUUUAGUCCACUUUUCGCAGAGGUUAGUGACAACAUCGUACCGGUUGCUAUUGACUCGCACGUCACUUACUUCCAUGGCACAACGGCUAGUGGUCUUAAGGCCUUUGAUCCCAUUUUCUUCCUCUUGAAUCCUUACCCUUCCUACACGGUCAGAUUACUUGAUCCUAUCACUGGUGGUGGCUCGUCCACUUGUCGAGAUCCUGAUGAUAGUAAAUAUAAGUUCGAGGUGGCUAAUCACGUGCAGCACGAGAUCGGGAAAGCCUUGGGGUUUGAAUGUACAAACCUCACGAGAAGAGAUAAGUACUUAAUCUUGGCCGGUAAUAAUGGAGUUAUCAACAAAAAAUGAAUGAUUUGGAGAUAAGUUAUCUAUUAAUCAGGGCGUUUCGUUGUGUGACCAAUGUGUUUUAUAUAUUUUUAUAAUAAUUUUGUUUUCUACAUUGUAUCUUUUUGUAUGAUUAAUACAUAUGUAUAUUAUGUACUCUAUGUGUCAUCUCUUCUUUAAAUGUUAUUACCAUAUCUGUAUAUACAUAUAUCACCCAAUUUGAUUUUCUUAAUUGGAUUAUGUCUCCGGAGAGUAACAACGAAG